AAAAGCAUUAUAAUUAAAUUAAAUAAUUAUAAUUAUAGAGUGUAAAGAAGCAGAGUCGAGACUCACAGGGUCAACAACCAAAGCAGUUAGCAAAGCAAUGGGGACCGGCAGGCGCGUGGAAUUGGAGCCAUGGGUGGACCUAGAGGGCAAGGUGGUGAUGGUCACCGGGGCAUCGUCUGGACUGGGCCGGGAAUUCUGUCUGGAUCUGGCCAAAUCCGGCUGUUAUGUCGUCGCGGCGGCUCGACGUGUUGAGCGUCUCAAGUCCCUUUGCGACCAAAUCAACAAUCUCAAGUUCCCAUUUCCCUCCUCCUCCUCCUUCUCCUCCUCUUCUUCUUCUUCUUCUUCCAUGCUUAGAGCCUUGGCCGUGGAGCUUGAUGUCACCGCCGAUGGACCCACAAUCCAAAACUCUGUCCGGAAGGCUUGGGACUCUUUUGGCCGUAUCGAUGCCUUGAUUAAUAACGCCGGCAUCAGAGGUAAUGUAAGAUCCCCAUUGGAAUUGUCCGAGGAGGAGUGGAAUCAGGUUAUCAAAACAAACUUAACAGGCUCGUGGUUGGUGUCAAAAUAUGUCUGCAUACAUAUGCGUGAUGCCGAUCAGGGAGGAUCAAUUAUCAAUAUUUCCUCAAUUGCUGGUCUUAAUCGCGGACAAUUGCCUGGAGGUGCUGCUUAUGUAUCUUCUAAAGCAGCCCUGAACUCCUUAACAAAGGUAAUGGCCAUGGAAUUGGGGGUGCAUAAAAUCAGAGUGAACUCAAUAUCGCCAGGACUAUUCAAAUCAGAGAUAACGGAGGGUCUGAUGCAAAAAGACUGGCUGCAGAAUGUGGCAAUGAAAACGGUCCCUUUACGAACAUUUGGAACCUCAGAUCCCGCAUUGACAUCGUUAGUUCGAUAUCUAAUACAUGACUCGUCAGUUUAUGUGACCGGGAAUAUUUUCAUAGUGGAUGCAGGUGCAACCUUGCCAGGCAUCCCUAUUUUCUCUUCUCUUUAAUUUGUAUCACCUUAAAAUAUAUUAAUUGAUGUCUGUCUAUAUUGUGUUUGGGAAAUUUUGGACUUAGUCUCCCUGCUUUGGUGCUGUGGUGAGUGAUGAUGAAUCCUCUUCCAAAUACACAUGUUAAAUGUUAGGAUGAUGGUGAUAAUAUAAGCAUUAACUGUCUAUUAUUCAGUGCUAUACACCAAAAUUUAUUUUUAUUGUGAUCAAUAUAUUAUUAUUAUUCAUAA